UUGUAUGUAUAAAACUAUCAAAUUCGAGAGGGCAGCACAAGAAGAGAACAACACGUGUUUCAAGAGUUCUCGGUUUGCCUCUGGUAAUUUAUGUGGAAAGUACUCAUAUAAUAUAUCAUACGUGAAGAAAUAACCUUCACGAUGGUAAAGGAACAAUUUAGAGAAACAGACGUAGCCCGAAAAAUCUCUCAUGUAUCAUUUGGAGUGGACAGCCGCCACAACAUGGAAAGGCAAGCCCAUAUACAUGUUGUGGCAAAAAAUUUAUACAAUCAGGAUGUUGAACAUACUCCAGUUCCAUAUGGAGUUCUUGAUAAGAGGAUGGGAACUUGCAAUAAUACCACCAAUUGUGCAUCAUGUGGCAAAACUUUAAGUGAGUGCAUUGGACACUUUGGUUACAUUGAUUUGGAAUUGCCUGUUUUUCAUGUUGGUUAUUUUAAAUGCAUCAUUGGUAUUCUUCAAACUAUUUGCAAAAAUUGUUCUCAUGUUUUGCUAUCUAAAGCAGACAAAAGAAAUUAUUUAGCUAAGGUAUUAAAUCCUAAUUUGGGAUACCUAGUACGUAAAGCAUUACGUAAACAAAUUUUGGAUAAAACUAAAAAAGUAACAGUUUGUCAACAUUGUGGAGCUCUUAAUGGAAAUGUUAAAAAAUCUAGUUUACUUAAAAUAGUUCAUGAAAAAUAUAAGGCAAAGAAAAAAAUAGAUACCAUUGUUCAAGAAAAAUUAGCAGAAUAUAGCAAUGUGCUUGAGGAUAAUAAAGCAUUAGAAGGAAUACUUCAAAGUGGAUUGGUCAAUAUAUUAAAUCCUUUAGAGGUACAAAGCAUUUUGGAAAAAAUACCAGAAAGUGACAUUCCCUUAUUAAUGAUGAAUACAGAGUGUGCAUUACCAAAAGAUUUAAUAUUAACAAGAAUUCCUGUCCCACCAAUUUGUAUUAGACCCAGUGUUGUGUCUGAUAUAAAAGCUGGUACAACAGAAGACCAUUUAACUAUGAAAUUAUCAGAAAUAGUUUUUAUCAAUAAUGUUAUUCAGAAACAUAGACAAAGUGGCGCUAAAGUACAAAUGUACAGUGAAGAUUGGGAAUUUUUACAAUUACAUUGUGCUCUUUAUAUAAAUAGUGAAAUGUCUGGUAUACCCGCUAACAUGCAACCAAAAAAAUCAGGAAGAGGAUUGGUUCAAAGAUUAAAAGGAAAACAGGGUCGUUUUCGUGGCAAUUUAUCUGGAAAACGUGUGGACUUCUCUAGUCGUACUGUUAUUUCACCAGAUCCUAAUCUUAGAAUUGAACAAGUUGGUGUACCCAUUCAUGUCGCCAAAAUUUUAACGUAUCCCGAGAAAGUUAAUCCAUCAAAUAUAGAACUAAUGAGGAAACUUGUAAGAAAUGGUCCAGAUAUACACCCAGGUGCAAAUUUCGUACAACAGGGAAAAACACAAUUUAAAAAAUUCUUAAGAUAUGGUAAUCGACAAAAAAUUGCUGAAGAUUUACAGUAUGGUGACAUUGUUGAAAGACAUCUGAGAGACGACGAUGUAGUAUUAUUCAAUAGACAACCAUCUUUGCAUAAAUUAAGUAUUAUGGCACAUAAAGCAAAAGUAUUAGAGCAUAGAACAUUUAGAUUUAAUGAAUGUGUUUGUACACCCUAUAAUGCUGAUUUCGAUGGCGACGAAAUGAAUUUACAUCUUCCUCAAACUGAAGAAGCAAGAGCAGAAGCUUUAAUUUUAAUGGGGAAUAAAUCAAAUUUAGUUACACCACGUAAUGGAGAACUUUUAAUAGCUGCAACGCAGGAUUUUAUUACUGGCGGAUACCUUUUGACACAGAAGGACAUGUUUUUAAAUAAAGCUCAAGCAAACGCAUUAGCUGGUUGUCUUUUAGCAGGACCUGAUAUUGCUAUGUCUAUAAACCUUCCUCAACCAGCUAUUUUAAAGCCAACUAUGCUAUGGACAGGAAAACAAAUCUUUAGUUUAAUUUUAAAACCUAAUAACACUUGUAACAUUAAAGCUAAUUUAAAAACUAAAGGACGGGCUUACACUGCUAACGAAGAAUUAUGCAUUAAUGAUUCUUAUGUUAUUAUACGGAAUUCAGAAUUAUUAGCAGGAACCAUGGACAAAUCAACUUUAGGUUCAGGAUCAAAACAGAACAUAUUUUAUAUCCUACUACGUGAUUGGGGUGAAGAUAUUGCAACAACAGCUAUGUGGCGACUGGCAAGAUUGGCAAGUUUCUUUCUUAUGAAUAGAGGUUUUUCUAUUGGUAUUGGGGAUGUUACACCUGGACAGACACUUCUUAAAGCUAAAGAAGAACUUCUAAAUGCCGGGUAUUCUAAAUGUACAGAAUACAUUCGUCAAAUGGAAGAAGGACGUCUUAUAUGUCAACCUGGUUGUUCAGAGGAAGAAACAUUAGAGGCAAUGAUAUUAAAGGAACUUUCAGUAAUUCGUGAUCAUGCUGGUAAAGCAUGUUUAAAAGAACUUCAUCCAAGCAACAGUCCAUUAAUUAUGGCAUUAUCUGGCAGUAAAGGAAGCUUUAUUAAUAUUUCUCAAAUGAUUGCGUGUGUGGGGCAACAAGCUAUUAGCGGUCAUAGAGUUCCAAAUGGAUUUGAAGAUAGAGCUCUACCACAUUUUGAAAGACAUUCAAAGAUUCCUGCAGCUAAGGGUUUUGUAGAAAACUCAUUUUAUUCUGGUUUAACACCAACCGAAUUUUUCUUUCAUACAAUGGGUGGAAGAGAAGGUCUUGUAGAUACAGCAGUUAAAACUGCAGAAACUGGUUACAUGCAACGACGAUUGGUGAAGAGUUUAGAAGAUCUGUGCCUUCAUUAUGAUAUGACAGUUCGUAAUUCAGUGGGAGAUAUUGUACAAAUAUUGUAUGGUGGUGAUGGUUUAGAUCCCACAUACAUGGAAGGAAAAGACUGCCCAGUAGAUUAUAAGAGAAUAUUAGAUCAUGUAAGAGCCAAAUCGCCAUGUAAAAAUGAGGAACCGCUAGAUGGUCCUGAUAUAAUUAAAGCUACAUUCGAAUUAUUAAAUUCUAAAGAUUAUGAAUGUCUCAGUGAAGAAUUUAAACAAGAAUUAUCCACAUUCCUCAAAAGUGUAGGUCGUAAAAUAGUACGUCUUCGACAUAAUACUCCAUUAAACAUACCUGUAAUUUUUCAACUUGAACGACUCACAGUUUCCCAGUUAGUUGAAUUUAUUCAUACCUGUAAAGAAAAAUAUAUGAAAGCAAAGAUAGAACCAGGUACCGCUGUAGGUGCACUUGCCGCACAAAGUAUUGGAGAACCGGGUACACAAAUGACGUUAAAAACAUUUCACUUUGCGGGUGUAGCAUCUAUGAAUAUCACUCAAGGUGUACCACGUAUUAAAGAAAUUAUUAAUGCAAAUCCUAAAAUUAGUACUCCGAUCAUCACAGCAGCUUUAGAAAAUGAUACAGAUCCGGAAUUUGCUAGAAAAGUAAAAGGCAGAAUUGAAAAAACUACUUUAGGAGAAGUGACAGAGUAUAUUGAAGAAGUUUAUUUACCAGAUGAUUGUUUUCUAUUGAUUAAGUUAGAUAUUGAUAGAAUAAAAUUACUAAAAUUAGAAGUAGAUGUUAACUCCAUACGUUAUUCAAUUUGUACAUCAAAAUUGAAACUGACUCCAAAAUUAGUAACUGUGAGAGGAGAUUCUAUCAUCACUGUAAAUCCAAAUAAAACUAAAUACAGCUUAAAUACAGGUCUCUCACUACUUAAAGAGAUGAUUCCAAAUAUUGUUGUAAAGGGCUUACCAUCAGUUUCUAGAGCUGUAAUUCAUAAUGAUGAUUCAAGUGGUAAAACAAAAUAUAAAUUGUUUGUAGAAGGAGAUAAUAUGCGAGAAGUGAUGGCAACUCCUGGCGUUUUAGGCAAAAAUACCACUUCAAACAAUACUAUUGAGGUUUUCAAAACACUAGGAAUUGAGGCUGCAAGGGCAACUAUAAUGACAGAAAUCAAAUUAGUAAUGGAAAAUCAUGGAAUGAGUAUUGAUCGAAGACAUCCAAUGCUUGUAGCAGAUUUAAUGACUAGUAGGGGAGAAGUUCUAGGUAUUACAAGACAAGGUUUAGCUAAAAUGAAGGAAUCGGUGCUAAAUUUAGCUUCGUUUGAGAAAACAGCCGAUCAUCUAUUUGAUGCAGCUUAUUAUGGACAGAAGGACGUUAUUUGCGGCGUGUCUGAAUCAAUAAUAAUGGGUAUUCCAGUUCCUGUAGGAACGGGAAUCUUCAAAUUACUUCACAAAGCUGAUAAAGAUGAACCGAUGAAGAGAGAUUUGAUAUUUGAUGAUCCACAAUUCAAUAAAGUUACAAAAGUGUAAAUUAAUUAUUAUAUACUUUGUAGAAAAGAAUUUAAUAUGCAUAAAUGAAGAAUUUUAAUAGAUAAGGUAAAAAUAUAUGCAUAUAUCUUUAAAUAUAGAUGUGUACUUGUUGCUAGGGAACAUGUUUGAUCCAUAUUUGUUGUAUAUUAAAUUAUUUGUAAUAUAGUAUGUCUAAAACGAAUCAACAAUAUUAAAUACAGUAACGGUUUUACAAUUUUAGUAUCUUUUUAAUAAAUAAAAUUGUGUAAUAUAUUCUAUAAUA